UGUCCCCUACUAAUAAUACUAACAAAUAAAAUGGCGUCAGAAAGCAGCUCUGAACAGCUGGAGGAGGAGAAGGCUGUUCUCUUACCCUCGGCUCGUGAUGAAGAACAGCCCAGUGGCGCAGUGGCGACACAAAGCGAGUCCAAACUGACGCUGUAUCACUGGACGCAGUCCUUCAACUCUCAGAAGGUGCGUUUGGCCAUAGCAGAGAAAGGUCUGCGCUGUCAGGAGUGUGACGUGAGUCUUCCGCUCAGUGAACACAACGAGCCGUGGUUCAUGCGUCUGAAUCCGACGGGUGAAGUUCCCGUCUUGCUCCACGGUGACGACAUCAUCUGUGACCCAACGCAGAUCAUGGACUACCUGGAGCACAACUUCAAUGAUGAUGGCACUCCCAGGCUGGUGCCUGAAGAGGGCAGCACAUACUAUCACAGAGUUCAGCACUACCGAGAGCUGCUGGACUCCCUACAGAUGGACGCCUACACCCACGGCUGCAUCCUCCACCCUGAAAUCACAGUGGACUCCCACAUACCGGCAUAUGCUGCCACAUGCAUACGAACACAGAUCGGAAACACACAGACUGAGCUGAAGAAACUGGCAGAGCAGAAUCCCGAGCUCAAAGAUGCUUAUGUAGCAAAACAAAGGCGCUUAAAGUCUAAAUUGUUGGACCACGACAACAUGAAGUACCUGAAGAAGCUUCUGGACGAAUUGGAGAGUGUGAUGGACCAGGUGGAGACAGAGCUCCAGAGGAGGGUGGAGGAAACACCAGAAGAAGGCAGUCAGUCCUGGCUGUGCGGUGAGUUCUUUAGCAUGGCCGACAUCUCUCUGGCAGUAACCUUACACCGCCUCAAGUUCCUCGGCCUUUCCCGCCGCUACUGGGGCAACGGUAACCGUGUCAACCUGGAAACGUACUACGAGCGUGUGGUGGAGCGCCCGGCCUUCAGGAGAGUUCUGGGCCAUGUCAACAACAUCCUGAUAUCAGCUGUCCUGCCUGUGGCGUUUCGUGUGGCCAAAAAGAACGCACCGGUAAUUGUUGGUACGACGCUGCUGAUAGGAAUUCUAGGCGGAGCGACGUACUUUGCUUUUCUUUACAUGAAGAAGAGGCUUACCGCGUUUAACUGAGGGAGUCAGAGGUGUUUGGUGAACGGUUGCAUACGAAAACGCACAUUUAAGCAGAUUAAAAUACACAGAAUAAUAUGAUUCAUUAACAGUAGUACAUCAGCAUCAGUUGGCCGUGUUACUGCUGUGGUAAAUGUCUGAUUUAAAUGCCAGUUUUACUGCAUGUUGGUUAUAUAUCAUCCUAUUCCUCGCUAUAUUUGGGAUGUUUUUGUAGCCUUACAAAUUGAGUGCAAGUUGCCGAACAGAAUUACAUUCAUAGUGGGAACAAGUAUGACAGGCAUGCAUGCACACGAGUGGUUUGUUUUUACAGCGCAUUCGGCGGCACGUAAACGUCCCGUUCCUCUCGGACAAAAUGAAAACACGUAGACUUUUUGACCGCGUGCCAUGCAGUUGGAUCAUAACUCUGGCACAGAUGUGAACCGAUACAAAGAGAUUUUCAUACUCUAGUGAAAGUAUCGGCUGCUUGACUAAUGUAAGGCACGCUUGGUUUACAGUAAAUGGACUAAACAUCCAUAAAAUAUGAGUGGUAUGGUAAUUCGAGUGUUUUUGUGUGCACAAAAGAGCCUUAUCAAAACAGUUGACCACAGCUUUGUAGCAACUUCCUAUUAUCACACCUGCAUUCACCACACGACUGAUGGACAAUAUUCUUUGUUUCACAACAGUUCAUUUGCUUUUCCAGUGAUGUUUACAUCAUAUGCCACAUCUGUCUGAGAUUAAACUGCUUCCAAACGA